AUGAAGUUCACAACGAUUGUCGCGUCUGUCACCCUCCUGGCCGCCCUCGCCACCGCGCAAACGACCGAGACGACAGUCGACGCCCUUAGAAACAUUUACUACAGAUGCGCUGACAAUGAGUCUGUGUUAUCGUGCGCGAAACCCAAAGUCCUGGCUUAUCUCAGCCAUGCGGUGAAACAAGACAGACUAGGAAUCACGGACGAUUUGACGAUCGUGAAAUCUAGAGACAUGCCCGAAGAGAGCAGCGAAGAAUACUACCCUUCGCAGUAUGAUUCCGUAGACUCAGCUAGGAAGGAACUUCUGAGGUCCUUGAUGUUGGAGAAACUGGACGCGUACUUGUCCAGCCAUCAGCUGGAGGCUAAGUUACCCGAGGCCAUUGUUGGAUCCAACAUUGUACCAAGAUCUCUGGUGGACAGCAUGCCCAGGAGUUUGACCGUUCCUCUGUCAGACUCCUCGAACGGUCAAGGCCGUGGAUUCGUCAAGAAGGUUAUGAUACCGUUCCUGCUGGGCCUGAAGUUUAAAGCCACUGCAUUGGUGCCGCUCGCCCUUGCCUUGAUCGCCCUGAAGACUUGGAAAGCUCUCACCUUGGGUCUCCUCUCGCUGGUGCUCAGUGGAGCGAUGGUGAUCUUCAAGUUGACGAAACCCAAGGUCGCUUACGAAGUCGUCCACUACGGACACCCACCAGUAGAGCACCCGCCGCACUGGGAAUCGCCAGCUCACGGUCCCUACAGGGCGUACAGGAAAUAG